GCUCACGGGGAAGGGGAAGUAGAUGGAAGCAGGCGGCGGCCACGGCCACGACCGGCAGCUUGUCACCGUAACAGCAGCGGAGGGCGAGGAGCCGCCGAUCUGACCUAUUCCUAGUUGCGCGCGUGUCCCGUGAGGCGGGAGCUCUGGAGGCCAUGGAGAGGGAGCCGGCGGUCGAGGAGGAGGACGACGACGAGGAGGAGGUGGCGUGCGAGUGCUGCGGCUUCACGGAGGAGUGCACGGCGCCGUACAUCGCGGGCGUGCGCGCGCGGUUCGGCGGGCGGUGGAUCUGCGGGCUGUGCGGGGACGCGGUGGGCGAGGAGCUGGGGCGCGCGGGGACCCCGCCCAUCUCCCCCGCCGAGGCGCUGGACCGGCACGCCCGCGCCUGCCGCGGGGCGUCCGCGCCGCCGUCGCCCGCGGGCAGCCCCGACGGGCUCAUCGCUGCGCUGCGCCUGCUGCUGCGCCGCAGGCUCGGGUCCCCGCCGGCGUCGAGGAAGGCGCGGUCCACGCCGAGCAGCCCGACGCGCGACGCCGCCGACCCCGGCGUCUCCGCCCUCGCCGCGGGGGCGUCCCGGAGCUCGCUGGCGCGCACGGGGAGCUGCUUCGCCGCGCUCGUCGAAUGAGAAGGGGAAACGAGGACGGACUGACGGAAGGGGAAAAGAUCAGGGUAGUCUCUCUCUCUCUCUAUUUUGCCUUCAAUGUGUAAUGUAUUUCUGCUCGUUUCUAUCUAUGGAGGAGUGCGUAGGUAGUAGUACUAGAGGUGCCAAUAAACAUCCGUGUAUAUAUAUAUAUGAUGGGGAGGAAGAUCGACGACGAUCUGUGUUAUUUAUGAUAUAGUAUACACUUGUAUGAGAAAAAGGAAGUAAUUCCAUGUUUUUCUCAGGCACGGA